AUGUGCUCAGGAUGUAGCACUAAAAACGGUGUGUUCAAGCUCAGCAAUUUAGUUCAUUUUGUAAUGGCUUCAUAUUCACGGUUUGAUUUGGUAAUGUUGUUUUUUAUUCGUCACUCCCCAGUUGCCCAGUACUUGCUAAUCACGCAAAAAGGAGAAAAUAUGAAGUUUGUAAACAUAACGACAGCAUGGAUAUAUGUUGCUUUUUUAUCGACGAUUUGCCACUUGUCUCUUGGAGCAAACUACCAAGGUAAGGCUGUGCAAAUUAAACGACAUAGCAGGUCUGUGAUCUGUUCGGAAGACGCCAGAUUUGAGGUCUAGAAUUUUCGGGACAUUUGUGGUAAAAUUUCUUGCUUGCCGGCCUCUCCUUUUUCGAACAUCUGAAAAAUGGUAUAAUUGCCCAUUUUUAGGGGAUUUUUACCCUAAAAAGGUCACCUAAAAUUUUCGGGAGCGGUUUGUCUGGCCGAAAUUUCCUAAAAGGUAAGAGUUGAUCGCUAUAAUUUUCGGAUCACUAGGCUUUCAGCUAGGAAAUCCGAACAGAUGAAAAAUUUUUAGGGGAUAAAAAUAUGCCUAUAUCUACUGUUAAAUACUAAAAUACGUUUAACAAUGCUAUGUUUAAGUGGUUUUGAACUAUAUUCUCGUUGGGUGCCCCUGUUGUAAAAUAAUUCGCUUGACCGUGUCAGCUCAGUCCUGAUUAAAUUACGCUUUCAUUGCUUUAACCGACAACAACCAACCCGAUCACUUAAGAGGAGCCGCGCACAAAUAUCCCAAUCUGUUUUUCAGUCUUCUUUUGUUUUGGCCGGGAGAAUAAUUUGAUUCGCUUGAGCCGGUAAUCCGCGGACAGCAUUGAACCUCGCUCUUGAAAUCGUUUCCAACGCGAAUGUUGACUUUUGUCUUUGAAAGUCAACUUCAAUAUUACUCAAUAAAUGGGGAACCCAACGAGGAUAUAGUUCAGAACCACUUAACAUAGCAUUGUUGAACGUAUUUUAGUAUUUAAACGGUAGAUAUAGGCAUAUUUUUAUCCCCUUAAAACUUUUCAUCUGUUCGGAUUUCCUAGCUGAAAGUAGCUGAAAGUCUAGUGAUCCGAAAAUUAUAGGGAUCAAAACUUACCUUUUCGAAAAUUUCAGCCAGGAAACGGCUUCCGAAAAUUCUAGGUGGCCUUUUUUAGGGUAAAUAUCCGUUUAAAAUGGGUAAUUAUACCAUUUUGUAGAUGUUCGAAAAUCCUAGGAGAGGCAGGAAAGCAAGAAAUUUUACAACAAAUAUUCCGAAAAUUCUAGUUCUAAGAUCGUCUUCCGAACAGAUAUUUUCCCGANAUAUUACUCAAUAAAUGGGGAACCCAACGAGGAUAUAGUUCAGAACCACUUAACAUAGCAUUGUUGAACGUAUUUUAGUAUUUAAACGGUAGAUAUAGGCAUAUUUUUAUCCCCUUAAAACUUUUCAUCUGUUCGGAUUUCCUACCUGAAAGUAGCUGAAAGUCUAGUGAUCCGAAAAUUAUAGGGAUCAAAACUUACCUUUUCGAAAAUUUCAGCCAGGAAACGGCUUCCGAAAAUUCUAGGUGGCCUUUUUUAGGGUAAAUAUCCGUUUAAAAUGGGUAAUUAUACCAUUUUGUAGAUGUUCGAAAAUCCUAGGAGAGGCAGGAAAGCAAGAAAUUUUACAACAAAUAUUCCGAAAAUUCUAGUUCUAAGAUCGUCUUCCGAACAGAUAUUUUCCCGAAAAUUGCCGUUGGGUGCCCCUGUUAAAUAGGCCGGGUUUUGUUUGCAGGGGAGCCACUGCACGAUGUUAGUGAUUAUCACCACCAUUUCAAUUUUAUUUAGUAAUGGAAGUAACAAAAUUCACAACCAAGAAGCUGGUUACAAUUCACUAAGAAUAUAAUAUACUUGGCCAAAUCAAGAGAGGAGAAGCUUCAUAUUCUUUCGACUUAAAUGUAUCCUAUAAUAAGAAGAACAAUAAAUUGAUGAGUAAAAAUAUCAAAAGCCAAAUAUAAUAAAUAAAUAAAAAUCUAUCGUGGGUCACAUUAACGCCAAAGAAUCAAAAGUCAAUUGAUAAACAGAAGCGCAGGCAUGGAAGCAAAAGGGAAAUAGCUUAAGCUGAAAAUGUGCAGUUGCCUAGUACGUAACUCUACGUAUGUAACUAAUUGUUUCCCAGUUUUAAUUCUCAAACCAAAAUGCAGCGUUUGCUCAGUAGUUCUCACACACGAACUAGCAAAAGCGGUUAAAAUGCUCCUAUAGAACUUGGUCUUACGACGUUUACCUCAUCAAACCGAUAAAAACUGAAUCGCAAACGGUGAAACCAAGUCAAGUGCUUGGUAACGAUAAUUUGGAGUGGGUUGGACUGAAACUUAUUGACUGUACUCACGUCUGAAACAUUCCUAACCACACCCCUGCAAAUAUAAAUUCUGUCUUCAGACUACAGACUUUAAACUCAGGACUUCAGACCUCAGAUUUAGAAACAGUUACAAAAGGGUUUUUUGUUUCCUGUGGGGACCAAUUUCCUUGUCUAGCGUAACUCAGUAUCACAAUAUGAACCAGGGCGGUUAAAGGUUAUCCGCACAGAUAGUAACAUCUCUCGCUACGUUUUCGUUGCACUAGGAUUGUUGCGUAUAGGGGUAUAAUCAUGUAGUUCCUCUCAAAGCUUCUUGGCAAUAAAAGAGUGUACUUAGCAAGUGAAAAAAAAAAACCGAGGCUUGGGAUUUUGCUGUUGUUUAGUCGACGCCUUAAAAAGGUCACUUAAUUGCCUUCUCAUCACAGUGUUGUCUAAUUAAGAAAAUAUUGGCUUACAUGAAGUCGAGUUUCUGUGCAUUCCAGUGGAAGCCCGCUGCAAAGGCAGACGUAUUUCCAGCUGUUGCUUCCCGCAAAGCUCGACAAAGGUCUGCAGUCUGAGGCACCUCUUCGGCUUUAGUACAAUAAUUAUAGAUAAUUAUAGCUCUGUUUUUUAUUGUUUGCUUGUUUACCCAUUUGAACAGAUCAAGGCAAUCGAACUUCCCUCCACACAGACGGUGACAUCGUUCUCGGAGGUUUAUUCCCUGUCCACCGUCGCAGUGACAAGACUGAAAACGCGUGUGGGGAAAUAGACCGACAUCCGGGUUACCAGUACCUCGCAUCCAUGUUAUUUGCUUUGGAGGAAAUCAACAAUGAUUCCACCAUCCUUCCAGGUAUAAAACUGGGUGCUAACAUAUACGACACAUGUAGAAGUCAAACAAUUGGUUCUGAUGGCGCUAAAGAGAUCAUCAAGUACGCACUUCGAGAAGAAAACGGGACUCCACCGUUGUCUGGCGUAAUUGGCCCAUUUCGGAGCGAUGUGUCAGUCGCUGUUGCUAAUAUGUUUCGGGUGUUUAACAUUCCUCAAGUAAGUUAUGGUUCGACCACUCCAGUUCUCAGCGAUAAAGAAAUCUAUGGGUAUUUUUUACGAACUGUGCCAUCAAACUCGUACCAAGGUAAGGCAAUGGUGGAUGUCGUUCUCUAUUUUGGAUGGAGCUAUGUGAUGACUGUAUAUUCUCCUGGGCAGUACGGAGAAAAAGGAAUGGAGAAAUUUUACGAGGAGGCGGAGCGUGCGGGACUAUGUAUUGCAAACAAGAAAAAACUUCCCGCCUUCCCAACUGAAGGGGAUUACUUAAAAACCAUCCAGGAACUUCAACAAACAAGAAAAGCAAAUUCAAAUGGCAAAGUAGAUGUCGUUGUGUUAUUCUGUAUUCAGCGAGAUAACCGAGGGCUAGUUCAAGCAGCAAAUAAAGUUCUGAAAAAUGGGGAAAAAUUUUACUGGCUUGCAAGCAAUUCUUGGGGAGAUAGAAAAGAAGUUACCGACGGAGCCGAAGAGGCAGGAGAUGGUGCCAUCACAAUAAACUACAUUGAAGGAAAAGUCAAUCGUUUCAAAGAGUACUUCUUAAACUUGAAACCGUCCAACAAUAAAUACGGUCCAUGGUUUGAUGAAUUUUUUCAAGAAACUCUAAAGUGCAAGCUUGUAAACUCGUCUAGGCCACUUAAUUACUCGCGAGAAUGUCGCCUAAACGACUCUCUACCUCAAGAUCUGGACAUUGCGCCUGUUCGGGUUGUAAUGAAUGCCGUUUACGCUGUGACACAUGCACUUAACAAUAUGCAUAGAGAAUUGUGCUCUGGGAAGUCUGGCCUAUGCGCAGAGAUGAAACACCUUAAACGAGAAAAGUUCUUGAUAUAUUUAAAAAACGUAACUUUUCAGGACGCGUCGCUUAGUUCCAAAGUAACAUUCAACCAAAAUGGCGAUGUGGAUGGUGACUACAACAUACUGAAUUUUAAAAAGAUAGAGGAAAAGUUUCGGCACGUAGUUGUGGGCAAUUGGAGUGGUGCGCUAAGUAAAGAUGGAAACAUCAAGGGACAUAUAAACUUGGAUGAAAGACAGAUACUGUGGGGUGUCGGAAAAAUUAAAACACCGCAAUCAUAUUGUAGCAAACUAUGUUCUUCUAAACAGAUCACAGUUCCAGAGCUUGUGAAUGCACGCUGCUGUUGGCGAUGUGAAAGCUGCCAGUCCAAUGAUAUCAUUACAAACAACACUUGCUCUGUAUGCAGUCCGGGAAGCAUCCCAAGUCAGAAUCUUACUGUAUGCGUCCAACUACCAGUUAUUUUCCCAUCUUGGUCUGAUAUCCGCGCUAAAGUUUUAACUGCAGUUGCGUCAGUUGGUAUUGUCAGCAGCAUUACUACUGCUUUGUUUUUUUUUAUGAAUAGACGCCAUCGCGUCAUAAAAGCAUCUGGAAGAGAACUGACUGGCAUCUUGUUUAUGGGAGUUGUGUCAUGUUAUGUUUCGGUACUGGUACACUUUAUGAAACCUACAAACACAUUAUGCGGGGUGCGGCGUUUCGCAGACAGCGUGUCGAUGACCAUGUGUUACGCUCCGGUGCUGUUGAGGACAAAUCGUAUCUAUCGCAUAUUUAAGGCUGCGCAGAAGUCAGUUCGCCGGCCUUCUUUCGUAAGCCCGAUAUCACAAAUGUUGGUGGCGAUUGGUAUUACAGGAGUGCAGUGUCUCAUAACUAUGAUUUGGGUUCUAUCCAAACCACCUAAUGCCGUGAACUCCUAUUCUCAUAAGGAGUACGUGAUCCUUGAAUGUAGUACAGACGACUUCAACGUAGCGAUCAACUUGUGUUUCAACGCCAUUUUGAUGUUUGUCUCCACAGUGUUCGCAUUUCGAACUCGGAACUUUCCAAGGAAUUUUAACGAAGCAAAAUAUAUCGGAGUUACGAUGUAUUUGUCGUGUUCGGUGUGGGUGAUAUUUCUACCUUGUUACCUGAAUGCUGCUAAUAGUAUUUACAAAUCGUACUUCUUGUGUAGUUCUUUAUUUCUUAUUGGAACUAUAACUCUUCUUGGUCUUCUGGUACCGAAAAUAUUCCUUGUUUAUUUUGGAAACACUGCGAUAGGUCCGGCCGGUGAUACACUGACGGGUACUUUCACUGGACAUCAAGGCAGAAGUGAGCAAAGCCAACAUGGUCAAGAGCCAACAUCCGGUAAUAAAUAUAAAAUGGAAAACACUGCGUCCAGCUUAACUUAA